AGUGACAGGAGCUCUGCAAAUAAACCAUUUUCAUCCAUCAUACACGCACCAAGUUGAGGGAGGAAGAAGAAAGGGAAGAGAGAAGAGAAAAGAGGAGUUUAGGUGGGAAAACUUGUGUUUAACAAGGUAUUCAAGGAACUUUCAAGGAGUUGAAAAGGUCGCCGGAGUUGUCGCCGGAGUUCGUUGAAGUUCGCCGGAGUUUCGUCGGAGCUAAAUCGGGAAGGCUAGAACUUCAUAAGCUUCAUUAAGGUGGAUGGAACAUACAAGACAACAAAGCAUGGAUCAUGAGUUUGACCCAUUCCCAAGCUCCCAAAAUCCCACCCUUGUUAACUACACAAGUCAAGCACCAAACCAGUUUAGUUCAAUCAGCUCCCGGUUCCAGUCCGCAUAUCAGUUUAACCCAAUGAAUGGUUCUUGUUCUCCUUAUACUAACUUACCUUAUGGACCUCCCUUCUCAUUCCAAAAUCAUUUGAGCACUCCUAUUUUUGGUAGUGGAACCAGUGAAACUCCUAGGGCAUCCGGAGGCGGGAGAAAGAAACAUAAAGAUGUCAGCAGUUCUCAAUGUUCAACUAAAAAGAGAGAUCGGAGUUCAGAAGAAGAUAUCGCAUUAACCAACGCGUGGUUACAUAUUUCUAUGGAUGCGGAUGUUGGUAAUAAUCACAAAAGUGCAGCAAUGUGGGAGAGGAUUUUACAAGUCUGGAAGGACAACAUGGGGGAGAGUUGCAGUAAGCCUAGAAAUAAUAAUAGCCUACAAUGCUGUUGGCAAAAAAUACAGAAGGCAGUUAACAAAUUCCAUGGGAUUUACGAGAAACUUAAAAGGCAUCUCCAAAGUGGCUCAAACACAGAUGACAUAAAAAAAAGGCGUCGGGAAUGCACGAGAGACUCUUCAGUGAUAAAAAGAAAAAAGAAUUCAAGUAUAUUCAUUGGUGGGAGCGUAUGAUAAAGAACCCGAAGUGGUGUACAAGCCAACUGACAAAGGCUUCUGGAUUAGAUAAAAACACUUCAGAUAACAAAACCCCAGCAGAAGUAUGUGAAACCUCACCAAUUCCAUAAAAGCAUGGACUGGAACCUGAGCAAGUCAAAAGUGAUGGAAUUGUACGUCCUUUGGGAAGAAAAAGUUGCAAAUAUAGAAAAAGAACGCUGAAUUAUGAAAACGAAGUGAUUGAAGCACUGAAUAAAUUACAAUGUUCGUUAGACAAGCAAAUAGAAUUUAAUAAGGUGGAGCUGGAGAUGAAGAAGGAAAACCAAAUGAAAGAGUAUACAUUUAAGGAGGAACUUAUGAAAAAAGAGAUAGAGCUAAAAGAGCACAACUGCAAACUGAAGGAAGAAGCACAAUUAAUGAAAAAGGAGGAGCAGAAAAUGAAGAAGAGAGAGCAAGAAAUGUGGCAGAGAAGAGCUGAUCAAGACCCGUUAUGAGCGUAGAAUUGAGUAGGCUGCCACCAAGUGCACGAGCCACAUAUGAAAUCUUGCAACUUCAAAUACUGAAGGAAUGAGAAAUUGGAAGCGUCUCUGGAAUCUAAAUAUAUUUACUAUUUACCAGAUUUAUGUUUCUACUUAAGACACAUUUUUAGCUAUAUUUUCGAAUUAUGCACCCCAAAAUCUGUAGGGUUAUUUGCUUUAUUUGUUGCUUCAAAUGAAUACAUUUGUCAUUUGUUUCAUGG